AUGCUCGCGCCUGGUCUGGUUCAACUGAGAACAUUCGCCGAGUAUCAUUUCUGCCCCCUCGUCUUGAAGAAUGACACGUCGAUAUUCUGGGGUCUACUGGGUCUCAUACUCAAGCUUACCCGAGAUGAGGACGGUGCCAUAGCCCGAGUUCCUCGUAUGCUUCGAGACAUAUUCCACAAGAUUGAAGUGCUCAACAAAUACUGUGAAGACUCACAGGGCCCAACUCCUGAGACCAAGGAGGCGUGCUUUGACACUGGUAUCGUACUAUUGACAUUCUACUCUGCCACUAUAAAGUUUAUGCGAAAUCAGCUCGUGUAUUCUGCUCCUGGAGCCUCCCAGAGUGGCUUGUGGCAGCCAUUGACCCAGCAGUUGGGUUCUACUAUUCGGGAGAUGGAUGAAAUUCUAUCUCGAUUAGAGACCUUGUCCAGAUUUACAGGACGUCGAAGCUCCAGCCGCGUCUCGGAAUUGCCUCGUAGGCCAUCGACGCUCUCUACGCAACCUGAUUCCCGCGACUCAAAGGAUUCAUUCGACUCCCGAGAAUCUAGAAGACUUCCACAAGUCUCUGAAAUACCCAGAUUUCCUCUCGUCAUUCGCCCAUCUACCAGGACGGCUCGUUUCUUUGAUCGAACUGAUGUCGUAGAUCAAAUGAAUUCUUUUUUCAGCAAGGGUGAUUCGGAUCGAUCAUUCCUGUCACUGGCCAUCUAUGGGCUAGGAGGUGUUGGCAAGAGCUCUGUAGCUAUGAGGUUUGCUGAGGGCAAGCUUGACAGGCAAGAGCUGGAUUGCAUGUUCUGGAUUAAUAGCGAAAAGCCAGUCUCUAUCCGACAAAGCUUUACUGACAUUGCUAUGAGAUUGAAGCUUCCGGAUGCACGACCAAAAGAUCACGACGAGAACCACUCUCUAGUGAUGACCUGGCUUGAGCAAACUCAAUGUCGGUGGCUCUUGAUAUACGACAAUGCUGAAGACAUGGAUCUAAUCCGCGACUAUUGGCCCUCUGCAAGCAGUGGACAAGCACUUAUCACGACUCGUAAUCGUUCUUUCGGUUUCGAGAUAGCGGAUGGUGAUCUUGAAAUCCUGACAUGGGAUCCCGAAACGGGCUCCAGGUUCUUGCUCCAUCUUCUUUCUACAGACAUCAGUGAAGAGUUGCAAGAAGAAGAUGUCAUCGCCGCCCACGAGCUAUCUCAGAAAUUGAGUGGACAUGCUCUCGCAAUUUGUCACAUGGCUGGCUUGAUUCACAGGCAAGCCUGGUCUGUCGCAGAAUUCAUGAAAAUGUAUGAUCAGCACCCAAGCAAAAUGCACGGUGUAUCUGGCAACAACUCGAUCAAUGCACUUUGGAACUUUGCAUUCAAGUCUCUUGACAAGGGGAGUAAGGCAGUUUUGGGAGUGCUGUGUUUCGUUGCGCCUGAUGAUAUUCCACAGUCUCUUUUUGAGCUUGAGGAUGCUACCGGCUUCCCGGAAUCUCUUCGUUUCUGCAGCGACGACCUCUGUUUCUCCCAGGCUGCCGAAAAUUUGCUCACUCUGGCUCUUAUCAAGCGAGAGAAGACAUCUCGAAAAUAUUCCAUUCACAGACUCGUUCAGUCAUCGUUCAAGUAUUUUAUGACCCCCGAGGAAAGAAUCAAAAGCUUUGAAGCUGCCGCGACGCUCGUCUCUCUUGCUUUCCCCCGGAGAGACUCUAAUAUAGCACAACUCUAUCUCAUGUGGGAACGAUGCGCUUUGUUUCUUCCGCAUGUUCUGAGUCUGAAAGACUGUUUCCGUGAGGAAAGGAAGUCUAAUCCUUCGUUUCCCGCACCGAGAAUAUACUGCGAGCUCAACAAUACUUGCCAACGGUAUCUAUUGGAGAUAAAUGCCUAUGGCGAGCUAGAAGAUCUUAUCCAGGUAAACAACACUACUAUCAGCAUACUUCCUCGUGGAGAAUCGACCAUCGGGCUUCGCGGCUCAUUGAUCUCACAUACUGGACAAUUGAUGAUUCGCCUUGGUAGGCCAUCUGAAGGCGUGGAAUAG